AUGGAAAAGCUCACGACGGUCCUUCGAAAGGCGUACGAUCCGACUCUGCAGCGCCUGUGGGCGGACUGGGCGGUACAUGAAGACAAUGGGCAAUGGUAUCUCGUCGAGGUCCAUGGUGUGAAGACCGAGGCCGACCUUAGAAACGCUGCCGCAGCAAAGGCAGUACCGCCCGCUUUAGCAGAGGUGGAAUCGAAGGUGAGUAGAAGCACCCGCCGUAUCCCACCAAAACACAUUUGCGGCGAUCCGGACGAGCUUAGAGCGCGAAUUUCUGCGGCGGGCCCCACGCAAGAGCUAUCCUUCGUCGAGCCUUCGAAGAAGAUGAUUGCGGUCGCAGAGUCCAAGCGCCGCCCACGCAGACCGCCGACUCCCUCAAUGGUUGCUGAAAGCACCAAGAAGGCGUUAUUGUCGCGGAGAGAAGGAGCAUCAGAGCGAAAGAAAUCAGUACCGAAAGGCGGUGAUGGAGGAGCACGUCGAAUGCUCAAUCAGUACUGGAGAUGUGCCGGUGACUUCUGCGAAACUCACCCUGAUGGACAGCGUCAAGCGUCUGCUGACGCUACGGGGGACAAGAAAGGCAACCGUGACAACAAAGUCGAGACGGGUUCUUUGGUGGUAUCUCAACCAUCGGAAAGGGCCCGAGGCAGGCCUGUGAGAAAUCGUGGCUUGGAGGGGGCCUCUGAAAAGUCAAGCACUGGCGGUGGAGGUAGAGGUGGAGAUGGACGAGACGGAACGGAGUGCGAGGAGGACGAUAUCGUGGGGAGAAGAAAGCACGCCUUGUCCGUGGAGACCCCUCGGACAGUGCUCUUUCGGCUGGUGCUAAACGCUAGGGCAGCCCUCUUACGAUGGAGACCAUCCGCCGCUGAGUUCUCUAUGAUGGAGAAGCCGGUGCAACUCUGCUCGGUUUGCUACAUGGUUUGCAGCACGAUCGAACGAGACCGAAUUGAGACCACGCGGAGAGCCAUGGAUGCCGAAGAAGAGGCUGCGAAAGCUGGGAAAGCUAGACGGAAUCGCAAGCCACCGGGCUGGAAGAGCCGAGUACAGCACGAGCUGGAGGAGUCUUUGAGCGCCGACCGGCACGUGGUGUCCCGCCUCAUAGAUAGCUUUGAAGCUGCCGCCGCCAUCGCCAUGGCUGCUGCUGCUCCAAAUGGGGAGAAAAUCAAGAGGGCUUCGUCCUCGUCCUCGUCCAAAAUUUGUGGAAGCAACAACUACCAAGAAGUGCGAGAAAACCGCGAAGGAGGAGGAGAUAGAGGCGGUCGCAGGGAAUCGGGCGUAACGUGGGCGGAUAGGUAUCCGGUAGUGGAGAUUCGCCAGCAGGAAGAGAACGAGGAGGAUGCGUGUGGGGAAUCAAUGCUUGCCAAGACUGGUGGUGUCUCUCGUAGUGCGCACUCAACACCAAGAAAGAAAGUUGUAGGUGCUGGUAGGACGUCACUGGGACCAUCCAACAGGAGGAGUAAGACGGCACCGUUGGCCCCCUCUUCGGGUCUGACAAUACCACCACUAGUUCAACAAGAGAGUGGUGAAGAAACGCCGCCGGUCGUCGUCGGUCUCGACGCCAAACGAACCCAGAAUCGGAAAGAAGAAGAGCAGCGUCAGAUACAGCCGAGCCGUACGAAGCUGCAAGUGCGGGCGCGUAGAAAAGCCAAAGAGCGGGCACGAAGGCAAGUACGUAACAAGGCUACGGAUGGUGCUGCGAGAAACGAGCCAUUUGGGAAGCAGAGGGAUGGUAAGAUUUUGGCGGAAGACGACGGGAGAGCGGGGAGCACACCUGGUGACCAGAAGAAGAUUGAUCCUGACAAGUUUCCACCGUUACUGCAGCCGACGGCACCAACCGCGCUACUACGGGGGGGAGCUGAACCUGGGGAAGACACCCCUGCGGGACGCAUUGAAGGCCCAGAUGGUAGAGGGGGGGAGGAGGGGGGCAAGGUGGAAAGGUUCGGGCGAGGCACGGGAUCGUUCUGUGACGACGUGAAGACUAGUUGCGAUGGCGCGGCAAUCGUCAAUGGGAGCGAAAUCGCCAGUCGCAGUUCCGGCUCUGGUGAGGCCUGUAUUGGGUAUUCGGUAAAGCAGCUGCAGCAACUACUAGAGCCAACAGCACCGGCGGUGAAUUGGGGGCAUGAAGGAGAGCAGAUUGAAAAGGAGGAGGCGCAGGGGGGAGAGAGAGCUCGUGCAGCCAGAGAUUGCGAGAACUCAGACUAUGGAGAAGAGGACUUCGAGAAGGAUUUUGAAGCCGACGACUUCGAGGUAGCACCUGGAGGGAAAGGGAGUAGCAGUGGCGAGACACCUGGGUGUACCACGGAGGCUGUUGUUGGAGAUAACGCAAGCUCCGAGUAUGGAGAGGAAGAGUUCGAGGAAGAGGCGGGCUGA